GUUAAGUCCCGUUGUAUUUAAACAAGUGUUUUGUGAUGCUGACAUGCUGACGUCAGUUAGCGAGGCGCUAGACGCUUCGUAGAAUAGAUGUUUCAUCGCAUUAGUUAGUUUAGGUUAUGUUUACAAUGUUCAUUGCGUAUAUUUUUCGCGUUUUAGUUAUGAAAUAAAAAUGUGUGUUCGUAAAAUCUUGUCAAGGUUUAAAAGUGUAAAAGACUGCCUUCAUCGUAUUGUUAAAUAAUGAAAAAUACAAUUCAACAUAUUCAGCCAAUAUAACUCGCUAAGAUUACACGUCGUCGGUCGCAUAACAUUAAUGAACGAAAUGGAUUACAUUGUGGAGUUCCAAUGCUGAUAACGAGACAUUUCAGUAACAAGUUUGCUUUGAUACAGUGCGGUAUUGUGUGUUUUGUUUACAAAUUUGUCAUAAACAUAACAAUGGGCGACAACGUCAAUAAUGUGCCUAUUUUAAACAUUCCUAGUAAUGAAAGAAUAUUAAAAUUAAGCGACAAAUUUUAUAAAGAUUUUGGCUGCAAACCGUGUUAUUAUGUCCGAGUGCCGGGUCGUGUAAAUAUCAUCGGGGAACAUAUUGAUUACUGUGGAUAUCCGGUGUUGCCCAUGGCUCUGGAACAGGAUAUAUUGAUGGCAGCAAAUAUUAUAGACGACCCAAAACUAUAUUUACGAAACGCAGACUAUAAAUAUAAAAGUGUUGAUAUUAAAAUAAAUACACAAGAAGAACUUGAUAUCGUACCAGAUUUAAAUGGAAAACCUUAUUGGUAUAAUUACAUUUUAUGUGGAAUUAAAGGAGCAAUGGAACACUUGAAAAGUACCGAAUGGAAAGGCCUUCAGCUGUACGUUGACGGUAAUAUUCCUCCCGCUUCAGGCUUGUCUAGUUCUUCGGCGCUUGUGAGUGCAGCAUGUUUAGCGUUUCUGUACGCUCAAAAUGGUACUUUGGAUAAGACUGAAAUUGCUUCCUUGUGCGCUAAAAGUGAGCGGUACAUUGGAACUCAAGGCGGAGGUAUGGAUCAAGCUAUUGCAUUUCUCGCAAAAAAAUACAGUGCUCAAUACAUUACAUUUCAACCAUUAAACGCCGCACCAGUUGCAUUACCAGAAGACGCCGCAUUUGUUGUAGCUCAUAGUUUAGCAGAAGCCAAUAAAGCAGCUACUAAUGAUUUUAAUAGAAGGGUAAUAGAGUGCAGAUUAGCAGCUAAAAUUAUAGCCAAGUUAUCUGGCUUACCCUGUGAAGGGAAAAUUUUAACACUAAGUCAACUUCAAAGGAACCUUAAUAAAAAAUUGGAAGAGAUGAUAGAACUAGUCCAGAAGUAUAUACCUCAAGAUAUUUAUACAAAAAAUGAGAUAUGCGACAUUCUAAAUAUGAAGGAAGCAGAAAUUGAUGAAAUAUUCUUAACUAGUAAUACGAAGCAUUUAACGGAAUUCAAACUUAAGCAACGAGCACUGCACGUUUAUCAAGAAGCUCAGAGAGUUGAAGAAUUCCGUAAAAUAUGUUCACAAUCUGAAUUAAGACACGAUACCAUGAACGGAGCAACGAAUGGCUCAGGAAAUGGACAUCUCAAUUCUAACAAUUCAGACUUAUUGCUUGCACUUGGAAAACUAAUGUCUGAAAGUCAUGAAAGUUUAAAAACCUUAUAUGAAUGUUCUCAUCAAAAUUUAGAUCAUCUUGUUAAUAUAUCUCAAAAAUUCGAUAUUAAUUCCCGACUCACAGGCGCAGGAUGGGGAGGCUGCAUUGUUGCUCUAUGUCCAAAGGAAAAAGUCGAGCAGUAUAUAGAAUUAUUAAAAGAAGAAUUUUACGUAAAAUAUUGCAAAUUAGAUAAAAAGAGCGCGGAAUCCUACGUUUUCGCAACAACUCCAAAUCACGGUGCUUUGAUAUAUAGAAAUUUAUAAGAAUUUAUCGUAUGAUGAUUUCAAGGUCAUUUGUUUUUAAAGUUAUUACAAUAAAGACUACGAUUUAUAUUUUUA